AUGGCUACCGCCACUGAGACCGCUUUAUCCGUAGUCGAUCUACGGUCUUUUGAUACGGCCGAAAGCUUGGCGGCUGAGUUGAUGCGCGUCGGCAAGGACCCUGGCUUCUUUUAUGUUGUUGGUCACAAAUUGAGCGACGAGGGUGCAGCGGGCGUUUUUGCCUUGGCAGACGCCUUCUUCAGCUCCUCCUUGGACAAUAAAUUGGCUUACGCCAAUGGCAGCGGAGAUCUGGGUUACACGGGCAUGAGGGAGGAGGCAUUAUCCGGAGCCGGGCUCGGAGAUAUCAAGGAGUCUUUCUACCUGUCUGAUCCUGGGAGAACAUCACAGCUGCUUCCUGCCCAGUUAGAAGCUGGACGGGCUAAGAUGGCUGCGUUCUUCGCCAGUUGUGACGAGUUAGCUAAAGUCCUGCUAGAAGCUCUUGCAAUUGGUUUGGGUAUGCCCAAAGACUUUUUAUCCAAAGCCCACACAGGCGAGAGUUGUCGUAUGCGGCUUAUCAACUACCCUCCAAUAUCUCAGCUCUCAUUUCCAGGUUCUGCACCUGCAGUAGACGAGCCUGAUGAUAUCCGAGCAGGGGCCCAUUCGGACUAUGGAUCCCUCACACUGCUUUUCCGCCAACCAUCCGACCAAGGAGGCUUGCAGGUCCUACGUGAUGACUUAUGGAUAGACGUACCUUGCAUCUCAGAUGCUAUAGUUGUCAACAUUGGAGAUGCGCUAGAGUUCUGGACAGCUGGCAGGUUACGGUCUACCGUACAUCGCGUGGCAUUCCCACGAUCAGCAAGUGAGAACGUUGGGAGACUGAGCAUCCCAGUUUUCAUACAACCUGACCGACACGUUAUGUUGGAGCCCAUUGAAGGUCAAGAAAACCCGGCAAAACAUGGGUCGGAUAUUGGCUCCGAAUUCUUGGAAGUGCUGAAGAGAAAGGGGUAUGAAAAUGCAAAGCCAGUUACGAGUUUAGAGCACCUCCAGAGAAGGAUACGAGCUACGUACAGCCAGCCAUGA